CUCGCUCGUCCUCCGGCUCAGCUCCGGCAGCCCGCGGCUUCUCUGCCCGCGCCCAGCGCCGACCCGCCGGGCUCCUGUGCAGGACCCAGCAGUUCGGCUCCCCCCGAGCCGGACCGAGGCCGCCAGCAGCGCCGCUGGGUGUGGAGCGGACCCAGGAGAUGAAAUGACAACGUCAACCCUCCAGAAAGCCAUUGAUCUGGUGACUAAAGCCACGGAGGAGGACAAAGCCAAGAACUACGAGGAGGCACUGCGGCUGUACCAGCAUGCUGUGGAAUACUUCCUGCACGCCAUCAAGUAUGAGGCUCACAGUGACAAGGCCAAGGAGAGCAUUCGAGCCAAGUGCGUGCAGUACCUAGACCGGGCAGAGAAGCUGAAGGAUUACUUAAAAAACAAAGAGAAACACGGCAAAAAGCCAGUGAAGGAGAAUCCGAGCGAGGGCAAGGGCAGCGACAGUGACAGCGAAGGGGAUAAUCCAGAGAAGAAGAAGCUGCAGGAGCAAUUGAUGGGUGCUGUUGUGAUGGAGAAGCCCAACAUACGGUGGAAUGACGUGGCCGGGCUAGAGGGGGCCAAGGAGGCCCUCAAAGAAGCUGUCAUUUUGCCAAUCAAAUUCCCACACUUGUUCACAGGCAAGCGUACCCCUUGGCGAGGGAUACUGCUCUUCGGACCCCCUGGCACAGGGAAAUCCUAUCUGGCCAAAGCUGUGGCAACAGAGGCCAACAACUCUACCUUCUUCUCUGUGUCCUCCUCUGAUCUGAUGUCUAAGUGGUUGGGGGAGAGUGAGAAGCUCGUGAAGAACCUCUUCGAGUUGGCCAGGCAGCACAAGCCCUCCAUCAUCUUCAUUGAUGAGGUAGACUCCCUCUGUGGGUCCCGGAAUGAGAACGAGAGCGAGGCUGCCCGGAGGAUCAAAACAGAGUUCCUGGUCCAGAUGCAAGGAGUGGGGAACAACAACGAUGGGACUCUGGUUCUUGGUACCACAAACAUCCCCUGGGUGCUGGACUCUGCCAUUAGGAGGAGGUUUGAAAAGCGCAUUUAUAUCCCAUUGCCUGAGGAAGCCGCCCGCGCCCAGAUGUUCCGGUUGCAUCUGGGGAGCACUCCACACAACCUCACAGAUGCCAACAUCCACGAGCUGGCCCGGAAGACAGAAGGCUACUCGGGUGCAGACAUCAGCAUCAUUGUGCGGGACUCUCUCAUGCAGCCCGUCAGAAAAGUCCAGUCAGCAACGCACUUUAAGAAGGUCUGUGGCCCUUCCCGCACCAACCCUAGCAUUAUGAUUGAUGACCUCCUGACUCCAUGCUCGCCAGGGGACCCAGGGGCCAUAGAGAUGACCUGGAUGGACGUCCCUGGUGAUAAACUCUUAGAGCCUGUGGUUUGCAUGUCUGACAUGCUCCGGUCUUUGGCUACCACCCGGCCCACGGUGAAUGCAGAGGACCUCCUGAAAGUGAAGAAAUUCUCAGAGGACUUUGGACAGGAGAGUUAAAAGCUGCUGCACUUAGGCAAUGGUGAAGGUGGGAAGUAGGCUGGGGCAAAUCCACAAUACUCCCUAAACCAGUGGCCAGACAGGGCUCCAGGGUGCGCUGUAGUCACUACGGCUCCUCUGCUGCCCAUGGCCAGCCAGGGAGCAGGAAGAAGGCCCUCCAUCACUGACCCACCGCCACAGAUCCACGCUGGGUAGACACUGGCUGCCCUACUUCUCUCUCCUGGAUGCUUACUGACUCCUUCCUGCCCCUCUGUCUUUUUUUUUUUUUAACUGUUUUGAUCCCCUAAAUUAAUGCUGCUUUGAUUUCUGUCUUGUUUAUAAAUAAAAUCACCUGGAAGUGUCAUGGGCAGGAGCAGCCAGGCCCAGCCCCUGCUCCCUUUCCUCCCAACUUCGGCCCCGUGAGAACAGACUGAUGGAAGUAAGGAAGCCAUUCCCACCCUGCGGGUGUGCGUCCAGGGCCCACGUCCUCCCUGCCGGCAGAGACAGUUUCUGUGAGCACAAGGCUGCUUUGAUCUAAGGCAGGCAGGUGGUCUUCACUGCUGCCUUUUCUUCCUGGGUGUGAGAACUCUGAGCCCAGCCACUGCCCCUGGGGCCUCGUCCUGGAGAUGUCUAAUAAAUCCUUUCCCUUCCUGAACAACUGACCUCAUUCUGACUCUUGUCUGGGCCUCUUUGAAGACCACUCUUGCUUCCACUGAGAAGACCCUCUGCUGUUCUCUGUAGCAGAGUAGGCAGUCAGCAGUGCUCGCCCCUGCUGCUCUCUUGGCCUGCCCUGCCCUGUCAGUUCCCUGGUAGAAAUUUAGCUGGAGAUGUUGAAAAGAACUGGACAGCUCUUGCUACCAUUUCAUGCCUAGCCCAGAUAUUGCCAACAGGGAGUCUGAUGGGCCAGAUGUGGCCUGUAGGUGGCAUAUUGCCACAUUAAAGUCCAGAGCUGAAGUAAAAAUACAGAUUUCUGACUUCUGGUUAGUUAAUACCAGGUGCACGUCCCUAUGAGGCAGCCACUACUGCUAAGCAGGGGCCACCCUGUUUAGAAGUGGACACCCGACCUUACUCAGUGACAUCUUCCAGGCAACCACUGGAAGCAGUGACCCCUGAUAAAACACCAAGCUCCAGAGCUGGCAGCUCCAGAAAGGCCAUGUGCUAAGUGGAUGAGACACAACAGCAUGUUCGUCGUAUGCACAUAGAAAGGCCUAGCAUAGGAAACGAAGUUUGAGGCUGGGCCAAGGCUAGUGCACCCCUCUCCCCCACCAAAACCAUUAUUGUUCCUCUAUUGUAUUGGUGCUGGGGACCGAACCCAGGUGCUCACGAAUGCUAAGUACCGCUCUACCAGAGUGCUGUACUCUUAGCCCCAGUUCUCUCUUUACAAAUUGAACAGGCCAGACCUGAUCCAGUGGCCAACUGCAGAUCAUGUUGGCUUUGCACUAUGGUUUCCUUGUUCUAGUUAGAAACAGCUGCUGAUGUGAACUUCUGAUUAACAGCUGAAAGGCUGGGCUCUACCAGGGGUGGUGGCACAUGCCUGUGAUCCUAGCACCCGAGAGGCAGAGACAGAGUGAGUUCAAGGCCAGGCUGAGCUACAGUGAGUUCUAAGCCUGAACUGCAUAGGGAGACCCUGUUUUAAAAAAAAAAAAAAUUGAAAAAUUUGGGCUCUAAGACUAUUUCCCAGUGCUAGCAGACUUGCUUGCUUCUGCCAAGAGCCCUCCACCUUUUGAGUCAUCACAGCAGACUUGACCUCUAGCUGACAUUUCUGCAGCAGCAUUGCUAGUCUUUCACUUCUCUCACAUUUCUUAAUUAUAUGCUCUCAGUCCCAGUUUGCAAGUUCAGGAAUAAAAGGUGAUCCCCUGUGUGGGCAGCUUCACCUAGUGGUGUUUUAUACAUUUUACCCCAAUUCCUUCAGUGUGGUCUCCCCCAAACCUUCCUGCAUAAGCACCUUGCUCUCACAGGGGUGACUGGUAGAAACUUGGGGUCUUUGUUUGUCCUCUUGGCUCUAGAUGAGCUCACAAACACCUGCCUUUCCAUUUUUC